AUUCUUUCUAAACGUCUGAGACUUUCAGUUUCAUUUCUCAUUUUGCUUACAGAGAUGGCGUCUGCUGAUCUAAUGAAGGAGCUGGAAUGUUCCAUCUGUCUGAGCAUUUAUACGGAUCCUGUAAUGCUGAAAUGUGGACAUGACUACUGCCGGGAGUGUAUCGAUCUCGUGCUGGACACACAGGGGGGGUCUGGAAUUUACUCCUGUCCUGAAUGUAGAGGGGAGUUCCAGGAGCGUCCUGCACUGCACAGGAACAUAACACUACGGAAGAUAUUGGAGAAUUUCCAGUCUACUCAGCCCGAUCAGAAGGAGUCCGGGGUCUUCUGUACUUAUUGCAUUCACACUCCUGUAUCUGCUGUUAGAUCCUGUCAGCUGUGUGAAGCUUUUCUGUGUGAUAAUCAUCUGAGAGUCCACAGCAAGUCACCAGAACACGUUAUAACUGAUCCCGCCGCUUCUCCGGAGAACAGGAAAUGUUCCCUUCAUAAAAAAAGCCUGGAGUAUUACUGCAAGGAAGACUCUACCUGUGUCUGCGUCUAUUGUCUGAUCGGGGAGCACAAAGGUCACCAGAUGGAGUCACUGGACGAGGCCUCUGAAACAAAGAAGAAUUUCCUGGCAAAUGUUCUUUAUAAACUGGCUACAAGGAGAGACGAGGCCGAGAAAAAUGUCCAGAGUCUGCAGGAACAUCAGAGAAAAGUGCAAGAAGAAGUAGCUGGUGGCACAGAGAGGGCCAUUGCCUUGUUUAGAGACCUUAGGAGACAACUGGAAGACUUGGAAAAGCGAGUCCUGAGUGACAUCUCUGGCCGGGCAGAGCAAGCCUUACUUAACAUGUCGGAUCAAAUCCAGAAGUUGGAAAUGAAGAAGGUCGAGUUGUCCAGGAAGAUGGGCAUCAUCGAGGAGCUGUGUAAAACGAAGGAUCCAGUUACUAUCCUACAGAGAGCCGACAUAGGUGACUUGUGUGAGGAUGGAGAUAAUGAGAAUCCAAAGAGACACGACACACAGCUCCGUGAUGGAGGGCUUCUGGACGUGGCUUGGAUUAACCACAUAUCUAACACUUUAUUGGAUGAAAUAAAAGGGAUCAAUGGAUGCUUCUAUGUACAGGAAGCCACAGACAUAUUACUGGACGUGAACACAGCUAAUAAUAAUCUACUUAUAUCCGAUGAUAAGAAAACAGCAUCCUGGUCAAAAACAAGCCAGAGACACCCGGAAAGACCGGAGAGAUUUCAGCGUUUUGCUCUCGUGUUGAGCAGUCAGAAAUUUUCCUCGGGGCAACAUUAUUGGGAAGUGGAUGUCGGGGAAUCGAGUAACUGGAGGGUUGGAAUGUGUUACCCCAGUAUGGAGAGGAAUAAGACGGAUCAGUCACAGAUAGGAAUUAAUAAUAAGUCCUGGGGAUUUUACAGAUAUAAAAAUAGGUAUGGAGUGGUACAUAACUGGAAAGUGAUACCUUUACCUGACAAUGCCUCCAGUCAUAGAGUCAGGAUCUUUCUGGAUUACGAAGGUGGACAGAUUUCCUUCUAUUCUGUGUGUGGUACAACCAGACACCUCCACACCUUCAGUGCCGCCUUUACCGAGCCCCUCUAUGCUGUGUUGGGAGUGUGGGAGGGUUAUGUUAGGAUUUGUGGGGGGAAGCAGUAAAUAGGUGUAGCGGGGUCAUCCUGUCAAAGACCUACGACAGGUCAUCCCCGCUGGAACUUUAUCCACAUUUGUAAAUAUGUUGGACAUUGUUAUAAAAUUAUGCAUUGCGGGACUGCGAGUAGCAGGAGAGAUGGACUCCAUUGACUCUUAGGAGGGAACAGACUACACUUCCCGCAAUGCUCUUCACCAUUGGAACGCGUGACAAUUCUGCUCAGCCACUCAGAAGGAUAGGAGGGGCUAUUUAAGGAAAGGGAGGGGUUACUCUCGCUCUCUCGGGACCUGCACUUCUCUCCUCUGCAGAGCUGCUGACAGAGUACAGCCGUGCUACUAGGCCAGAAGCCUGGGCCUAAAUCCAUUGAGAGACUAGCCGUCCGGAAGGAAGCAAGACUCCAGCACCCAGCCCGUGUACCCGAAGAUCGUAGAGGCAACCCAGCUGACAACUGAAACAGUGGAGCACCCUCGUCCGGGAUCCUUGUGCUGUGGAGCGGUGAUUUACCAGCGCGCCUUCUGAGGAGAACUCAGGCGGAUCGGCUUGUCGGGUGAGAGAGCACAUGCUCAACUUCUGACUCUCCGUUUUGCACAGACACCUAGAGCCACCUCACAGGCCAGAGACACGUUUUCGGCCUCAAACCGAAACUUAGAGGCCCAGUUAACUGUUUGAGUGUUCAUAGAAGUGACUGACACUGACGAGUGUUAGUUCACAAACGUUGCUGUCCCUGACAUUUCGUUGUUUAAGUUCCCUCAUUGAUUGCCACCUUGGAUUACAAUUUUUCACGUGCACCAACCGGCCGCGACGUGGACAUUAACUGUUCUGCAGAACUGCCCGCUAGAGGGCGCUCGCAAGCAUAGACUGCCUAUCUUAAAUGAGUGGUAUCAUUUCUCAGUUAGGUUUUUCCUACUGUCAUUAAUUGUUGAUUCAUGCAAGGGCCCUUGCGAAUCAUAGUGAGUCAUUGCUUACCAGUUGUGUUCAUAAUUCAAACCUAUGCUUGUUCCCUCAAGUUUUCAUAAAGAUCAAGUCUGUCCCCGGUUUUGUCCCCGAAUUGGAUUUUAACAGGAUCUGGGGCAUCAGAAUUACACCCUCCCCGCUUCUGCGUUGGCUCAAGUCCCGGCCAGGCACCUGCCUAUCUUCUUGCCUUCCCUGGUAGAGUGAUC